AUGCCCCACCUCGUCGCCAACUUCCUGCGGUCCUCGACAGGACCCAUUCCUCACAUCAAGGCCGUCUCCAGGUCUCGCAACACAUCUCGGAGCAACUCCAGGAGUGCAUCGCGCAACACCAGCCCGCAUGCCUCUGACAGCGAGGACCGCCAUGCUGUCAAGAUGCCCGACCUCGCAGAAGCCAUUAAGAAGCACCACCGCCUGUCACUGCACUUUGGCCGGUCAAACUCCAAAGAACGCCAGCAGCAUGUUCCCUACUCUCCUGUAGUCAUUGAGUGGAGCGUGGAGAGCCCGCCGGUUGUCUUCCACGGCAACACGGAGGAGAGCACCGGUGCGCUGGUGUCAGGACAGAUCUUCUUGGACAUCAAGGAGGAAUUGGUGGAUGUCGAGAGCUUUGCAGCAACCCUCAAGAUGGUCGUCACUCACAAGAGGCCAUUCCAGAACAACUGCAACGAGUGCCAGACGCAGACAACCCAGCUGGAGAAGCUGGAGCUUCUGGCUCACCCUAUUCCCCUGCGAAAGGGAAAGCACCAAUUCCCCUUCUCCAUUCUGCUGCCGGGCCACCUGCCAGCUUCCAUGGACACUCCUGUUGUUUCCAUCUCCUACGUCCUCAACGCUGAGGCCCAAUACCUCACUGCUCCUACAGACUCCGAAACCCCAAGCUCAAUCUCAACCGCCAAGUUUGAUCGAAUCAUCGACGUUAAGCGAACCCUUCCCGAGCCUCUCUACCCUCACAACUCCGUUCGAGUCUUCCCUCCCACAAACAUCAAGGCAGCUGCCAGCUACAUUUCCGUCAUUCACCCCACAGCCGCCAACAAGAUGACCCUCAAGCUCGACGGGCUCAUGACCCACAACGAACGAGUCAAGACGGUUGACCUGUGGAAGCUGAAGAAGCUCACCUGGAAGCUCGAGGAGACCAUCAAGACAGUCGCUCCCGCCUGCGAGAAGCACAACCCUGGCCUGGCCGAGUCAGCCAACAAGGGCCUGCCCCGAAGCGAGACCCGCGUCAUCGGCGAGAAGAGUCUCGUCGACGGAUGGAAGUCUGACUACACUGGCAGCGAUGGUAUCGUCGACAUGGAGUUUGAAUACUGCGUCAACCAGCUCAAGCAGCACUCGCGCGAACUCAAGUACGCUUGCGAUACCAAGACCCAGGACGGCACUGAGGUUACCCACUCUCUGUUGCUGGAGCUGGUCGUAUCAAAGGAGUACGCACAGGAGGGCAAGGCACAUAUCUCACACCAGACUGGCACUGGCCGCAUUCUGCGAAUGCACUUUGCCGUCGUCUUGACUGACAACGGUGGCCUGAGUGUUAGCUGGGACAACGAGGCUCCUCCUGUCUACGAGGAUGUUCCUCCAAGCCCCCCUGAGUAUGCUGAGGACGCGCAUCCCAUUGAGUACGUUGAUCUGGAAGAAAUCAUUGCUGCUAGAACCACGGCACCCAACAGCCGAAGGGGCAGCCAAGAAUUAUAACGACCAUACGACGAUAUCAUUUCCUCUUCUGAAUUGCUUUUGCUUAACUUGCUUUUCGAGCGGCUGGGCUGUUUUUCAACAUAUUACUACCUAUGCAUUCAGCAUAAACAUAUACCCCCUUAACGGCGAAGGACAACAUAUGGCGAUUACUGUCUAUCUGUUUGGACUUUCUUUUCUUUUGUUGAUUUUUUCUUCCAUCUGUUUUUAAUCUCUACGACAUCAUGAACUACAAUCAGGCGAGCUGAGAAUAUACUCGGCCAAACAGUGGCCUCUUUCUUUUAUGUUUGGGUUUUGGGUUUUGGGUUUUGGGCGAAGGAUACUGGCUACAUAUCGCGUUCGCAAUGAACGGCGGGCUAUAUAGAAAUAUAUCAGCAAAAAAAUAAUUGCUUAGUAUUUAAUUAAAAUUAUCAUCGCUCUU